AUAUGAUUUCGUACAUACCAUUCUCGUACCAAUAUUUUUCAAACUUCUCAUACCUACUUUUAACGACUAAAGUUGAAUUUUCAUUUAGAUUUCAAGCUGCAGUCGAAUUUUUUUACGAACUGAACUGCAUUUUUAUCAUAUCAUGCAGUCAUUGUAAACAACAUCUCAUUGUGCAAUCAUAGUGCAACGGAAAAUAUUUUAUAGUUUAUUAAUGGGUUUGUAUAAAAUACGAAACUACAAAAUAACUUAAGCAUUGUACAUUAAGCAAGCAUGGACUUCAGUUCGCUCAAUCCAAACACUUCCAACCCAUUGAACAUAGCAGCAAGGAAAAACGAUUUUCAAAAUGUUCACCGUUUGUUGAAAAAAGUGAAUCCAAAUUGUGUGGACAAUAGAGGAUGGACCUGCCUUCACGAAGCCGCCGCUAACGACAGCUAUCAGAGCUUGGUGCUAAUUCUUAAGCACCCUGACUGCAGACCUUUAGCAGAGACGCAUGAAGGCCACACAGCUUUGUACUUGGCUUGUCGUCACCACAGUUCUUUGCAAACUAUUAAAGCUUUAUUAGACAGCGCUGAAGAUAUUGCCAACUACGGCAGCACUGAGAGCGUUACGCCUCUCCAUGUAGCCAUUACUCAAGGGAGAGUGGAAGUUAUACAGCUUUUAAUUGACCACGGAGCGAUGAUAGAUGUACAAGACUUUGAUGGGGACACACCUUUACAUGAUGCAGCUUUGGCAUCGAAGUUGAAGUCCGUAACAGCAUUAUUACAUGCAGGUGCUGAUCCGGCUAUUAAAAAUGAAACUGAUUACACACCGUUUCACUUAGCAUGUUUUAAAGGUGGAUUUGAUAUCAUAAAAGCGAUGUUACCUUUUGUUGAUGAUAUAAAUGAAGUUACUGCUAAUGGAGACACGCCAUUAAUAAUAGCUUGUAACGGUAACAACGAGAACAUUGUCCAGUUUUUACUAGACAAUGGUGCUGAUCCUCAUAUUAAGAAUAAAGAUGGUUUCUCAGCUUUAGAUGUAGCCCUCAAUCACGGUUGUGAUGAUAUAUUUAGUCUACUUCUGGGUGUUACAAACAAAGAAGAAAUAAACAAAGAUUUUAUUUUAUUAGCAUGUAAGCCACACUACUAUAAAUAUAAGAUUCUAGAGAGUUUACUGAAUCAUGACCUGGGGCCAGAAUUCUUCGACUUUUACGAGGAGUUUGUUGUUACGCUGGAGCGUAUUGGCGGUCUGCAACCUCAUUACCAGUCUAAUGCUCCGUUAAACUCUUACUUGAAUAUUUGUGAAUAUAUUUACAAUAGUGCAUUUGAGGCUUUUAGGAAAUUCUUUUACCUGUUCCUCAUGAAUGGUGUUGCGGUGAAUGCUCUGCGAAGGGAAGAGUGCCCUCCACUUGUGUACAUACAUUACUCAGGCCAUAGCAUUUGUUUUGAAGAGGUAUUCAAAAUACUCAUAGAGCAUAACUGCAAUGUAGACUACUCGAGCCUAUCCACAAACAGUGAACAGCUGAUACUCCCAGAUGCCUUCAUUGCCUCCGUCACUUCUGAUCCCGCUACGACUCUUGUGAUGCUGCCAUACAGCUUGCACUGUGAACCUGAUCACUUGCUGACUUUUACACAUAGCUGUGGCUGGUUGAGCAGAAUACCAGUUCAAAUACAAAAACAAUUACUAUCUUUUAUAGACAACAAUACAGACAAUAUCAAAGCAGAGUGCCUGUCACUGUAUGUGUCGCCAUUGAAACACUUGUCCAGGUUAAAAGUCAGAAGUGUUUUAAGAACUUCUGGUAUCAACACUACUGAAAAGUUUCUACAAGCCUUAGAAAAGUUGCCUAUACCACCUUUAUUGAAACAUUAUUUAAGAUACCUUUGAUAUUAUCCACAU